AUGCUCGUCUCUGUGAUUCUAACCCCAGCGCUCCUGCUUGGAGUGGCCAACGCUGCUACACUAGCAAAACGUUGGAGUAACGGUGACGUUGCCACAGGUACCACAGACCCAAAUGUGGCCAGUGGGUGCACGUACUGGGCCAAUUCUAUUGCUUCAAGUGACACCUGCGAAUCUUUGAAUGCCUAUUUUGGCAUUACGAUUGCUCAGCUUGUUUCAUGGCACGACGACCACAACCAGCAAAACUACGACUACGACAACUGUUGUCACCACAACAACAUCUACGAGUACUACUUCAGGGGGAGGGGGGGGGGGCCGUAUCCCCCUCAAACCGGCCUUAUUUCCACAUGUAACGCGUUUUACGCUGUCCAGCCAGGUGACUACUGUGAAGGAAUCGUGACAGCCUAUGGCAACUUUACAUUGAGUCAAUUCUAUCAAUGGAAUCCAUGGACCACUUAUAAUUUGCAUCUAAGUGCUGUCAAGACCGACUGCUCGGGACUCCAGGCUGGCUACUUUGUCUGCAUCGGAGUGGCUGGCUCAACGACCACGACGACAUCUAACCCGCACUCUCCUCAGCAGACUGGGAUUGCUGCAAACUGUAACAAGUACUACUUUGUAGAGAUUGGUGACGGUUGUGCUGCCAUAGCUUCGACGUAUGGUAUCACCCUCGCCGACUUCUACAGUUGGAACCCAGCUGUUGGGACAUCCUGUCAGAGCCUUCAGGCUGGAUACUAUGUCUGUGUUGGUGUUUCAGGGUCAACCACAAGCACAACCACUACAAAGCCCACCACCACCACCAAAGCACCCAUCACAACAACUACGGCCAGCGGUCCCUCUCCGACCCAGUUCGGGGCCUGGAAUCCAUAUGUUGGGACCUCUUGUGCAUCUCUCUGGUUGGGUUACUAUGUUUGCGUCGGUGUUUGA